AUGCCGGGAAGGGGUCAGGGGGAAGCACUUCCAUGCGCCGCGCGGCCGGGUUCGCCGCAGACAAGGGGCGGCGGCGCCACCUGGCGACGGAGCGGGGUACGUGCAGUGCCAGCCCCUUCCCCCGGGCUCAGACACAGACGCGGCGGCGCCACCUGCUGGCGGAGAGGGGCCAAGCUUUCGUCCAUCCAUAUGACAAGACUUCAUGCAUCUACCAAAACCCCAUCUUCAGGCCACUUGAGGGGCUGCAAGGAAUUUCAAGAGGGCCAAGAUGUUAAAUGCCAUUGUCACACAAAGGCAUGCAAAAUAUCCUCACCAGAUGGCUCGGGAUCAACAAGUCGCUCAAACUCGAUCCAGGAAUUUUCAGACUCCUUUGAGAAGCAACUGCAUUUCAAAAUCAAGCGCUCAGUUUCUUUGGAUGAAGAUUCGGAUCCAUGUGUUAUUUGUCAUGAUGAUCUUGAUACUGGCAGUAUAAUAGAACUUCACUGCAUGCACAGCUUUCACAAAGAGUGUAUCGAAAAGUGGCUGCUAAAGAAACCAACCUGCCCAACUUGUCGCAUCCAUGUGCUCAUGUCAAAGUCUAUCUUAGACCUUCAUCAACCAGGAUGAAAAGAGAGCUCAGAAGGACUCCAUAGAGGACUCAUUACAAAGCUCCAUUUCACUUAGAGAAGAAAAAACAAAAAAGAAUGGUCAUGCCUUAGAUCACAGGGUACAAGGUAGUUAUAACAAGUAUAGCUUUUUUUAAUGUUAGAAAUCAACUUUAAAGAUCAAAAAUAACUAAAUGAAAACCAACUAACACAUUCUGCCUGUGCAUGCCACUGCAACAUGCCAAUGUUUGUGGGAAAAGAGUGAAAAAAUAUUUGUUUUUACCAUUGUACAGACAACUGUAAAUAAAAAUCACAUAUUUGCUACAAAAAGAAA